CUCAACUCAAAAAUGUUAGUUCUAUCCCGGAAACAAGAACAGUCGCCCAUGAACAAACGAAAUUCGUGAUCAUGGACUGCAAACUUCAUUUCGUGCGGAAUGCGCAAGCGCUUUACGAGGUUGUUCUCUACCAUGAGCUGCUGGAUCCAGCCUUGACCUCGUUUGUUGAGGAUCAAUUUCAAUCUCUAUCCAUGAACACCCUGCCCCAGGAUCAGAUAACACAUCUCGUAGCUUUACUGUCUUACCGAUGUAUCCAAACUGCAACCUAGCAGCCUUGUUGUUUUCUCAUGUCGCCAGUCGGCCAGCCUCACCCGGCCUGGUUAUUCUACACCCUGACAUGAUGGAAAUUACUAACGACUCCUGCAACAAUUCUUUGGAUUUAGAAGUGCUACAGGCCAAAGCAGGUCAACUUAUUGACUCGCAAUUGCUCAAAAACAUC